AUGGAAAACCCAAACAAUUCAAAGCUCGAUUCGCUACAGGCCUUAAACGAUCUCAAGGUUAUGAUUAGCCAGAUUCAAAAUGUCCACGAGAGUACAGAGGCUCUACGACAAAGCAUUGAUGACUUAGAAAAUCUUCGCACCUUGUUCAGCUCGCACGAGGAGAAGUUUUCCGAGUUGUUAAGAAGUCCCAUUGCUUUACAGGAACAUAUCAAUAAUACUGAAAGCCAGCUGAGCAGCAUGAAAGGAACUGUUUCUAACCUGUGUGAUGAUGUUGGAGUGGUGACCUCUCAGAUUAAUGAGCAAGGCUUGACCCUAAACGUAUUGGAUGCUAGACUUGAUGCAAUGGAAUUCAAGGUGGAUGAGCGCCAAACUGACGAGUUAGCAACACAAGGCGAGUUGAAACGCUUGGGUUCUUGCAACCUGCAGUUGAAAAAUGAUCAGAUGCGACUAAACAACGACUUCAAAUUGGUCCAGUCCAAGGUCUUGAAUGACCGCCAGUACUCUGAAGAACAAAUCAAGUCUAUGCAAAGCGAGAUGCAACGCUUGGAUUCCUGCAACCAGCAGUUAAAAGAUGAUCAGGUCCGACUGAACAAAGAGAUCCAUUUGAUUCAGCAUAAGUUUGAUAAUUCCCACCUUCACUGCUCCGGAGAAAUUAAAAAGGUGGAAGAAGUUUUACAUACACAAAUUCAGUCCAACAGAACCGUUUGUUUUUUCCCUCUAUCCAUGAUGCUUAUUUAA